UUACGUCAUUCUAGAUACGCCUGUGCCGCCGCCAUGCCGGGUCAGAGCAGAACCUUGAGAGCGUCGCAGCAGAGUGGGUGUACAGUCCUAUCACAGUGUUGUCUUCCUCUUCUGACCUUUUUAUAAGCAACAAUGGGCUUACCACAGUUGAAAUCUUGCUGUUGCGGCUGUUCAUUGUCCUUAGGGACAAAGCUGAUCGGAUGGUUAUGUUUGGUUGGCGCUGUUGCAUCAAUGUUCGUCGCAUGGGGGGGUUUCGUGGUGCUAGACCACCCUGAUGUAAAAGAUAACGAGAAAAUUCAACCUUUCAUACCAAUCCUUAAAGUCAUCUUCUGGAUACUCAUUAUAAAUGCCGCCAUCUCUCUCGUAUUUACUGUUAUUCUUCUGAAAGGAGCUUAUGAGAGGAAGCCCAAGUACGUCAAACUGUGGGUGUAUUUCUCAAUUGUAAUGUUGAUAAUUGACUGCGUUCUUAAGAUUGGGAUGUUGGUCAGCUUCAGCAAAUUUUCCAAUCCCUUUGAGCUCCUUUCCAUUCCGUUGACUUCAUACUUCAUUUGGGUAGUCUACAGUUUCUAUAGGCAGCUGAUCCAGGAUCCAAAUCACUGCUAGAGAGUGCCAAAAGUUAUAUGGAACCAUGUACUCAUAUUUACAUUACCAAUAACAUUACAACUAUAUCUGACUACCUGUUAGCUUACAAUGUAAUUUCAGGAAAAUACUUAAACUAGUGCGUACUUUAAUAUCAUUAUGUACUUUCAACAAAGAUUUAGCUUUAAGUAAAUAUUUUUAUUACUUUUUUUACUGUUUUUAUGUAUAUUAUCGUAUUAGAUAGUACACAGUCACAGUCUAAGAUAAAAAUAUUUUAUCAUACUAGGCUCAAUAUAAAGCCAUGUGUGUAAUAUUUUCUGUAAAUAUUACCAUGAGGAAUAUUGUUAGUGCUGUAAAAGUUCAAAUACAUAAUAAACAUGAAAA